CGAGCAGUGUAGGCAACUGCUGGUUGACCAAUGGCAUGUGAGGAAAUCUGCCCAGCACCAAGUUUGUAUUUGUACACGAGCGUCUUGUUGUCCCGGUUUCAGGUGUGCUGAAGUUAACGAAGAUGAUGGACGCACUGUCGGUGGUGAGUCAGCUGCGGGACCUGGCUUCUGAGCCGCAGAACCGAGAGGUGAUCGUCCAGGACCAGGGCUGUCUCCCCGGGCUGGUUCUCUUCCUGGACCACCAGAAUCCAGACGUGCUGUUUGCAACUCUCCAGACCCUGCGUUACUUGGCUGAGUUGUCCCCCAACAUCCCCACCAUGAAGAAUGAACUGGGUAUGAUGGUGAGCUUGGAGAAUCUCGUUGGGAGGGAGGGCCUGUCUGUUGAUAUCACUUCAUUGGCUCAGGAGGUGUUGGACAUUCUGAGCGCACCUGCUAAUCCUGUGCCACGCACACCUGAGAGGGAGAGGAGAAAGAAAUCCCAGUUCUUCAUCAACUCCUCCAACAAGAAGGCCAAGUCUGUCACUCUGCACAUCCAGGGGCUCGACAGCACUGACCAGCGAGGCUUGUGUGAGCAGGCUCUUCUGAAGAUCAGAGGAGUGAUCAGCUUCACCUUCCAGAUGGCUUCCAAGAGAUGCACCGUCCGCAUCCGUUCAGACCUGCCCACUGAGAGUCUGGCAUCGGCCAUUGCUGCCACUAAGGUGUUGUCAGCCCAACAGGUGGUGAAGAAUGAGGCAGGAGAAGAGGUUUUUAUCCCUUUGAGCUCAUCUGGAGUGGAGGUGCAGCAAAACUCGGCUAUACCAGACUACCUCCCCGAGGACGACAGCCCAGAGAGAGAGGUUGACCGAGCAAUUUCCCGCACAACAGCGAAGGAAGAUUCUAGUGGAAGCUGGCUCAACACUGCCGCCAGCUUCCUCACCAAAACCUUCUACUGGUGAAACCGGUGCAGUUUGAUUCCUGGAGAUGCAGUGAUGCAAAGUUGUGUUAUAAGAAUUCCCCUACUGCUGUGUGUUACUGGAGUGGACAUUACUGGAUGUUUACACAUCGCAGGCCAACAUCCUGGCUACGUGUGAAUGGUCUGAAUUUCACCAACUUGCCAUUAAUUCUUCUGAAAAACUACUUCUCCUUUUACCUCUGUGGUGCUUACUUAGUGGAUUGGAGGCACACACACACUUGAAAAAAAUAUUUUGUCUCUGGAAUGCUGUUUUCUAUACAGGAUUCCUAUUAAAUGUAAAUAUUUUCUGUCUGACUUUUCAAACUGUCCAUUUUCUAUCUGCGUGUAAAAUAAAAAAAAAAGUGCUACUUUUCUAUACAGUUGGGUAAAGUAUUUAUGUAUAUCCUGCUGUUUGUUGGUAGUUGUAUUUUAUGCUAAAAUAAAACUACAAAGUAUUCAAUGUGCA